AUGCAUUCUAAGCCAAUUCUCUCAAACAAUAGUAUCAAUGACACAGCGGCAGUGUCCAAGACCGAAUGGAUCGAGCAUCACUUCCAUAAUCGUCCAGUACGCCGGAGCUUUGCCUGCCUCUGGGAACAAACGUUUUACGAUCCCCUGACAGCUUUUCCCUUCCCCCCUUGGGCGUCCUUAGCGUUGCUCUUCACCGUCCUUAUUUUCAUUGUCAUCGGUUCAGCGUCCAUUCCAGAUAGAACUGAUGGUGAAGGCGUCUUGAAGAAGCCACAAGAAGAGCCAAAAUUGCGGGCGCAACGCCGGCGCCAGAAUUGGAGGCCGUGGAUAGGCCUGAAAAUCGUCUGGUUACGGGCUCUUCCCCUGUACAGCAUCGUCUUCGCCUACGUGGCAUCUGUCGCCACUCAGACGGCAGUAGAGGCCGGCUUUCUCCGGCUCCCCGCUAAUAUCACGGAGGCAGACUGGUUUGAGAACUGCGUCCGAUUAAUCAAGGUGUUGCGAACUUGGAUCAAGGUCACAAAUUUGAGCGUGGUGCUUUUCUCUCUCGUUUUUAGCGAGACGGCUUUGACGCACAUCUUGCAAGCCUUAAAUCAAACGAGGGCAGAUGGACAGACCGUGGAAAUAAGAGGCGUAGCGGUAGCAAUAGUGACUGCCGGUCAAUUGAUCUUGUGGGGUGCUAGCUACGCCGCCGUCGGUCUUUCGGCUCUCUUACUCUUUGCA